AGCAAGCAAAAGGAGCAAAACGGAAACGUGAAGUUUGCCAAGCGGGACACUAUCUCGCUGUCACCUUCGACAACGGCUUGGGCGUGCUCAGAUCGUUAAAGUCAGCUAGACAUCCAUUGAAGAACAAUGGGCAGUACAGGUUACACGUGCAUACGACGGACAUUCUGCUCGUUCAACAUUCUUAUCUGGCUCUGCGGCAGUGGUUUCCUUGCCAUAGGUGUUUGGUUACACUUUGCCUACCCCGGCUAUGCAACUCUACUGCCCGAACAUGCCGUGCUCAGUGCCGACUCCAUGUUCAUCACGGUAGGUGUGAUCAGUUUCGUGAUCGCCUUCUUCGGCUGCUGUGGCUCCUGGUUCCAAUCGAGAUGUUUUCUCGUGAUAUAUUUCACACUGGUUGUGUUGCUGUUCCUGAGUGAGUUCUUGUUGGGUUCGUUGGCGUUUGUGUUCCGCGGUGGAAUCGGUCGCAUGCUGGCCCAGGAGCUGAAGUACGGCAUCGAGAAGCACUACAAUGUGUCCGAUCGUGGUGGUUUCCUGACCCCUUCGGUAGCUUCCAUUUGGGACAAUCUUCAAGUCGAUUUGCAAUGCUGUGGUGUGUCAUCCUACGAAGAUUGGUACGAUAUCAGUGCGUGGCCAGGCGAGCGAUGGGUUCCACGAUCCUGCUGUCGUCCUCAGUAUGGCUCAAUGUUUGCGGAGGGCUCUGGAGAUGAUCUACCGAACGUUGAUUGUAGGAAAGCGGGUAAUCCAACCCUGCUGUGGGACAAAAGCUGUGGUCAGAUUCUCCAGAUGUGGUUUGUUCAGCGGCUUCACAUCGUAGGAACGGUUGGCCUAGUGAUAGGUUUCCUUCAGCUAUUUGGUCUAAUAUCGUCGAUGCUGUUGUUCUGUACGGUCAAGCACAAACGUUCCUCAAAAACGUACAAAUCAUACUCCCCAACGGUCGACACGACGCUCAAUCGCAACGGAACCAGUGGCACCUACAUGGACGAUUGACUGUAUGGCUGAGUGGUUUCGCGAACGCCAAAGCCGAACACCACAAACAGCACCGACACUAAACCAAAAUGGGAAUCAAUACUCACCUGCUCCUCCGGGGUCAGCUUUGCGCCGCCAGGAAGCAGGGACAUGGUUGUGUGUACGCGAGAGCGUACGUGUGAUCCUCGAUGCGCGACAAGAUAGCGCAGAAGAUUGUGCCAAAAACGAUGAAACAAAUCAGACAAAUCAACUAACAUAAAGUAACACGGGAUGCAUAAGAUAACUGCAUGAAUGAAGACAAUAUAACGACGUAAGUACAGAUCAAAUGGUCAAAUGAAACCCGUGAUUAGAUGCACGAGCAAUAUGGGAGAAUGGUGCUGAUGUAGCAAAGAGGACGCUACAGUUUAAGAAAUAUGCGAUGCGACAGGGACCCUAGAUUAGAGGUAGAACUUCAGAUUUUUAUUUAUACACAUUGAAAACCUAUUUUUAACUCUUGGCCACCAUUCGUUUGGUUUGGCCGAUAUCUCGCGCGUAAUACACGGGGCGACAAAAACUGCCUACAACUACCACAACCCCAUUACCAAGGAUCAAGUUCUCGCGUGUUCGGUUCGUUGACACCGUGCAGGAACGCUUUAGUCACGGAAAAGGAUCAAUAGAGGUACAUUCCAGGCAAUUAUAUACCCAGCGCAUGUUACGAUUUUAGGUAUUUACAGAACCAAUAAAUUACGAUUGACAGACGA